AGGGGCUGUCUGUAGACGCCAUGUUGGGCCACGAAGGUGGCAAAAAGAAGCCCCUGAAACAGCCCAAGAAGCAGGCCAAGGAGAUGGACGAGGAAGAUAAGGCUUUCAAACAGAAACAGAAGGAGGAGCAGAAGAAACUCGAGGAGCUAAAAGCCAAGGCCGCGGGCAGGGAACCCCUGGCCACAGGUGGAAUUAAGAAAUCUGGCAAAAAGUAAGCUGCUCCUCAUAUCUGAGAUGACGGUGAGCCUCUUCCAUUCCUAUUUAAACAUCUGGAUUCCCUGCCAUAACAUCUUUACCACCUACAGCUAGGGUGAAGUGUUACCCUGGAGCCUGUUAAACAUCUGGAUUCCCUACUAUAACAUCUUUGCCACCUACAGUUAGAAUGAAGUGUUAUCCCGGAGCCUGUUGUACAUUGUAAUAAACUUUUGUAAAAUAAUAAUAAUAAUAAUAAUAAUAAUAAUAAUACAAUGGCUCAUUGUCUCUAGUGUUCAGCAAUUCCUACCUCAGCUGUGAAUUUAAAGUAAACUCAGUCCGAAAUCCUACCAGAGCUGUUUCAUCUCUGUUGUACUCUGAAUUCUGUAUCACUUUGAAUUAAUUAAACCAACUCAUUAAA